AUGAAAAACGAAACAGAGGUGGUUGCCGAGGAGUUCGAGCUCUCGAGCGUCUACGCUGAGCCUCCCCCAGCUUUUGACAGCAAAGACGAGUCGAAAGUCGUCGUCGACACGGACAUCAACGAGAUCACUGCAUUUCAAAGCCACGAAUCCGGCGAAUCUGAUAUUUCGAAAACCGAAGAGAAGCCAACAGGGCUCUACGGAAAGAUCUUUGGUCAGAAAGAGAAUAAGACUGUGAACGGCUUGUCUUCCAGACAUGUCACUUUCAUUGCUCUAGGAGGAACGAUCGGUACUGGUGUCUUCCUAUCCCUCGGUCAAGGUAUCACUAUUGUGGGCCCUAUGGGUUGUUUUACUUGUUUCAUUAUUGUCGGUAUAUUUGUCUAUUCAGUUGUUAUCUGUCUGGGUGAAAUGGCCUCUUACAUCCCCUCUUCAGGUGCCUUUGCGCACUAUGGAAGUCGAUUCGUGGAUGACAGUUUCGGCUUUGCUCUGGGAAUCAACUACUACCUACAAUGGGCGUUCAGUAUUCCGAGUGAACUGACCGCUGCUGCAAUUAUCAUUCAGUUCUGGGCGCCCCAUAUUGGCUCCUGGGUCUGGGCUAUUGUUAUUAUUGUGCCCAUGUUUUUCCUGCAGCUGAUUUCCGUUAAAACGUAUGGAGAGACUGAAUAUUGGCUUGCCAUUAUCAAGGUAUUCUUUGUUGUUGCGUUCAUUAUCAUCGGCCUAUUUUACGACUGGGGUGCUAUGAACGGACUCAAGAAUGCCGUACCCUCGCCUGGUCUCAGUAACCUGAAAAACGGACAGGCUUGGGUCGGGGGAUUUAGCGGGUUUUUCCAGGUCGUUGUUCUCUGUUUCUAUUCCUAUGGAGGAACAGAGCUUGUGGCUCUGACGUCUGGAGAGACAGCUAAGCCGUGGAAAUCUAUUCCUAGCGCGGUGAGAGCUACUGUCUGGCGAAUCAUGAUCUUCCUAGUCAUGACUGUGUUCGUCAUUGGACUGUGUAUCAACUACAAAGAUGACAGGCUUCUGAAAGCGGCAUACGACUCGGAUGUCGCCCAGAGUCCGUUCACAAUUGUGUUUGAAGAUGCCGGUUUUGGGGCAGCCAAACAUGUGGUUAACGCCAUUCUUCUGACCGCUGUUCUGUCGGCUGUAAACGCGUGUUUCUUUGCAUCGUCCCGGAUGCUCAUGAAUAUGGCUCAUGACAAGCGAAUGUUUUCCGUUUUUGGACUUGUCAACAAGCGAGGCGUGCCUAUUGGAGCGCUUCUGCUUACUUUUGCAAUCUCCUGUCUUGUUUUCCUCACGACCAUCUGGGGUAACGCUGUAGUCUUCACCUGGUUCAUGAACAUCACUGGAGCUUCUGCUAUUCUUACCUGGAUGUCUAUUGGUUUUGUCUCCAUUAGAUUCAGACAGGCACUCAAAGUACAGGGAAUCCCUCUGACUGACCUGCCUCUCAAGCAACCAUUAUACCCUCUGCUACCUAUCCUCAUUCUCGUUCUUGGAGGCUUUCUAUUUGCUGGUAUGGGCUACGCAUCUGUCAAGCAAGACCCCUUCUCCUGGAAGAACCCCUUUGGAACAUAUCUCGGAGUUGCGGUCUUUGCCAUCUGCUAUUUUGGAUGGAAAGGUUGGAACUACAAGACUGAUAAGUUUGUACGAUCAGCAGAUGCAGAUCUCAUCUCAGGUCGAGUCUGGAGUCCUGGUCAGGGACCUGAUUACAUGGCAGCAGAUAAGGAGGCUAUUGAGGCUCGAAUCAGAGCCAACAAGGACGUCAACAUUUGGGGCAAGAUUGCUUACUACAACUUCAUUGCUGGAAGAGCUGUCGGAGCUGUGUAUGAGAGGGUUACAACCCUCCCCAAGUUGCCAAAAUGGUCCAAAAAGGAAGAGUAA